UUUUGAGCCAAAAUGAACGACUUUACUGCACAAAAUUUUUAUUCGUCCAAUUUCUAUUUUGAAGAGUCACCCAAACUGCAAGCAAAUAACUUACACCACUAUUUCACACCGCGCCUCCUAUCUUUCCCAUUCUCCUGCCUCAUCGCGAUUUCUAUUUGCCAAUGACAUCCGCGGUGGCUGAGCGAAUUGAGCUGGCGAAACUGUGCAGCUCAAAAGAUUGGUCAAAGGCUAUUCGAGUUCUCGACUCACUCCUUUCCCAGUCCUGUGACAUUCAGGACCUCUGCAAUCGAGCUUUCUGCUAUAGUCAAUUGGAGUUGCACAAGCAUGCCAUUAAAGAUUACGAGAAGGCCUUGCAGCUCGAUCCUAAGCUGCUCCAAGCUUAUAUUCUUAAAGGUCAUGCAUUAUCUUCUCUGGGAAGGAAAGAGGAAGCUCUUUCAGUCUGGGAGCAGGGAUACGAGCAUGCAGUCUGUCAGACUGUCGAUCUAAAACUUCUUCUGGAGCUGGAAGACCUCUUGAGAGUUUCUAGACAAAAUGGUCCUACUUGCCGGAAUCAUGAGAUGGGAGCAUCUCAAUUGUCCUUCCCUGCAUCUGGAACUGCUGUUUCCACAAAAUCAAGUAAAAUAUCCGACAACCUUGAGAAAUCAAAUGAAAAAGGUAAACCAAGAAGCAAAUCAAUCAAGCUGGGCUACAACAAGCAAAAUGAGUCAAGUCUUCUUUUUAAUGGAGAAAGUAGUUUGAGUAGCCAAUCUAGCAAAAACCUUGAGAGUCGCUCAACUGAAACUAACGGGAUACACAAUAAGUUGGAGGGAAAGUCCGUGGUGAAUGGUUCAUCUGAAUCAAGCAUUGAUUCAUCUGUGCAUUAUGGUGAAACUAGUGAUUCUUCUGAUACAUGUAAUGAAUUGUUCAGCCUGUCAGAAAUCCACAACGAAUUAAUGGAUGAGGGCAGUAGGAGUAAAAAUUUCUGUGUUGCUAGGAUAUCAAAGAAAAAGUCAAUUAAUGUGGAUUUCAGAUUAUCAAGGGGAAUUGCCCAGGUUAAUGAUGGAAAAUAUGCCCAUGCUAUAUCCAUUUUUGACAAGAUUCUAGAAGAAGAGCCAGAUUACCCUGAGGCCUUAAUUGGAAGAGGAACAGCAUAUGCAUUUAAACGAGAACUGCAUGCGGCUAUUGAUGAUUUUUCAAAGGCGAUACAAUCAAAUCCAUCAGCAGGUGAGGCCUGGAAACGCAGGGGCCAAGCUCGAGCAGCCUUGGGAGAAUAUGCUAAGGCAAUUUCAGACUUGACUAAAGCAUUGGAGUUCGAAUCAUAUUCAGCUGAUGUAUUGCAUGAAAGGGUUAUUUUCUUUUGUUGGGCGUGCUGUACACUUUCUUCACAAGUUCUUACUUACGGCCACAGUUUUAGUAGAGAGUAUCUGGAAGUUGACAUUUUGUCUUCAUCAGGAAAAGAAAUGCUGGGAGAACAAUUGACAGAUAAUGAAAUGCUAUCCUCUGAUAGAAUAGUAAACUUUAAGUUUAAGGAUUACAAAGCUGCUGUCAAAGACCUAUCUGCCUGUGUAGAAGUUGAACAGGAUAACAAAUCUGCCUACACAUACUUGGGCUUGGCUUUAUUUUCACUUGGUGAAUAUAGAAGAUCAGAGGAGGCACAUAUGAGAGCAAUCCAUAUAGAUCAAAAUUUCCUAGAGGCUUGGACUAAUCUUACUCGGGUAUCUAUUGACAUAGAGUCUAUCAAGACACCGCAAAUUCGGAGAAGGCCGUACAAUGCAUUAAUGAGAUUCAUAAAAUUGAUGGAAGUUUGGUUCCAUAUGUUGCUUCAUAUGGCGUUGGCUGCUCAGUUGACCCAAGAGCUUGUUAUGCUCUACAGUGUCCAGAGGUUUGCCAAAGCAUAUCAACUCCAUGGACGCCUUCUCCAUGAGAUGGGUGAUCACAGGAAUGCCAUCAAGGAAUUAUCAGUGGGAUUAAGUAUUGAUAGCUCGGAUAUUGAAAGUUUGUAUCUAAGAGCUUCUUGCUAUCAUGCUAUAGGAGAAUUUAAAGAAGCGGUUAAAGAUUAUGAUGCAGCAUUGGAUCUUGAAUUGGAUUCAAUGGAGAAAUUUUCCCUACAGUGCUUGGCCUUCUAUCAGAAAGAAAUAGCAUUAUAUACAGCUUCAAAGUUCAACACAGAAUUUUCUUGGUUUGACCUUGAUGGUGAUAUAGAUCCUCUCUUUAAGGAAUAUUGGUGUAAAGGGCUGCAUCCAAAGAAUGUAUGCGAGAAAGUAUACAGGCAACCCCCUCUGCGAGAUUCUUUGAGGAAGGGAAAGCUUAAAAAGCUCGACUUUUCUCUUACAAAGCAAAAAGCUUCUCUGUUACAGGCUGCGGAUUCAAUUGGCCAGAAGAUCCAGUACCAUUGCCCGGGAUUCCUGCCCAACAGACGUCAGUAUCGAAUGGCGGGCCUUGCUGCUAUAGAGAUUGCUCAGAAGGUUGUAAGGGUUUGGCGUUCUCUACAAACUGAAUGGAAGCUUUCAAGUAAAGGUGGGUCGAAACAUGGAAAGAAAGCCAGGAGAAAAGAGAAGCUCAACCCUCCUAGUCAGAACAGAGGUGGUGCUGGUUGCAGCACUAGCAGAUUUCCAGAAUCAUCUAUAUCAUAUGGUGCAGCUGAAGAUAGACCAUAUGGACGCCCUACGAUGCCGUGGAAUGGUGUUUAUUCUGUGGCCGUUAAAUGGAGACAGAUCUCUGAACCAUGUGAUGCAGUUAUCUGGGUUAACAAGUUGAGUGAGGAAUAUAUUUCUGGGUUUGGGUCGCUCACUCCUCUUAUCAAUGGUCAAGCAAAGAUUGUACGCUGUUUUCCAAAUUUUAUGAGAACACUAAAUGCUGCCAAAGAAGUAAUGAAGGCUAAUAAGUGUGUGCGUGACAAGAAAGACAACAUCAUCAAUCUCCGUGAAAACGGGAAACUGCAAGACAUACUGAAUGCAGAAUCCUGCUCAGAUCUUUACAAAGCCGUGGGUGAGGACUUCUGGUUAUCCACUUGGUGCAACAGUAUGACAAUUGAGGGGAAGCGUCUUGAAGGAGCAAGGAUAUCAUUAUCAAAGAAAGACCCAGUUGGGUUCGAUUUUGUUAUUAAGACACCUUGCUCCCGUUCCCGGUGGGAUGAUUUUGAAGUUGAAAUGACUUCAGCGUGGGAGGCACUCUGUGAUGCCUACUGCGGUGAAAAUUAUGGAUCAACGGAUUUCGAUGUGCUUGAGAAUGUGAGGGAGGCAAUUCUGAGGAUGACUUACUACUGGUACAAUUACAUGCCACUAUCGUGUGGCAAUCCUGUGGUUGGGUUCACCGUGUUGCUCGGACUUUGUCUGGCCGCCAAUAUGGAAUUUACAGGAAGCAUUCCAGAGGGAGUUCAGGUGAAUUGGGAAGCAAUCCUUGACUCCGAUCCCAAAUCCUACAUAUCGUCUGUGAAAAGCUGGCUUUAUCCGUCACUCAAGAUUAAUACGUCAUGGAAAUCCUAUCCUGAUGUGGCAUCAACUCUCUACACGACUGGAUCGGUUGUUGCUGCCUUAAGUACAUACUCUGACUGAGAAGUGUUCUAAUGCAGAGCUCAGCAUGAACAAUCUGGUGGUUUUGGAACAGUUCUUCAGGAAAAAAAAAAGUUGAAUUCAGAACUUGCGGAUUGGUUGUUCCAUAUAAUACUUGUGCGAUGUAACAUUAUUGUUGAGUAACAUAUGCAGGAGAGAUGGUCUCUCAAAUCGACUUAUUGUAAGCUAGUUGAGCUUUCUGUACUUUUCCCUGUUUUCUCGUUACUUCUCUUUGUUGCCACUUUCCUUCUUUAUGUAUAAAGUACUAAACCACAUUUGGAUUGUGUAUGGUGUGAAAUCGGGCAACUGAUGCUAGAUAUAUACGUGAGAGUAUCUUUUACUUAUGUUUCAUCUUUACUUGGGCUUGGUCUGUCCUUGGACUUUAAAGGCUUUGUUGGACAAAACUGAUGCUAGAUAUAUACAUGAGAGAAAUUUUAAGGUAUGUUUCAUCUUUACUUGCCCUUAGUCUGUCUGUCCUAAGACUUUAAAGGCUCGUCUGUGUGGGAUACUGCUCUUUUGCCGCAACAUUUUUGUCUGGGUUCUCGGUGAGAAAGGCUCCAUUUUUUUCGUUUAAUGUUGAAUGCGUGUUUUGGUUUGAUUCCGUCUUGCUUCUAUCAAAUGCCACAGUAAAGAAGAUGGGUAAGAAUUUAAACGUCG